UAUGUUUUUGUUUUUUUUCCAUUCUUGUCUCUGCUUAAUCCAAAAGACUCCUGUUUGAAGUGAGGUGGGGAAUCAUAUCAGUGUUGCACAGGCUUCAGCACACAAGGCUUCACCAUUCAGUGCAACACUAAUAUGCUUCCCCCAUCUCUAUUCAGAAAUCAGCCUUGAGGAGUUUUUUCCAGAAACUUUUUUUCUUUUUUUGCUGGAAUAGUUAGUAGGCAUGGAAAAAUAUAUAUAUACUAACACCAGAGGAUCAUACAAGAAUGCACGUUUUUACUGACCCAUAUGCUCAUGUGUAAUACUUUUUGUAUUUUUUUCCCCCCACAACACCGGUUUCAUAAAAUUAUGAAUAUUUGUUUUACUAGCUUCUUCAGUGCUAGUUUUUGCCUCGCACAACGAUGGCUUGUUUUUGACAUUAGUCCAAAUAUUUUGGUACUCUGAAAACGGUGGUUGUAGUGUUCCAGGCGUUCAGAUGAAAUUAGUGUAUUAAACGUACCUAAUAUUUUAUCGUGGCAUUUUAAAGUCUAAUACAGUGAUAUAAAACAAUAUUAUCAUUAUUAUUAUGGCUUCCGAAAGGAAAGCGGAGGGGAUUAGUAGCCCCGAUACUGAAUUAUGGAGGUCGAUAGGCCCGGUCACCGAGCUUUCCAAGAAGUCAUGCCGGUUGUUGUAUUCCUCUCUGGGCUACGAUUCCGAUCUCUGCCUGUUUCACGUCCAGGGUGAAUUCUUCUCCAUGGAUACCCGCUGCGCUCACGCUGGGGGACCCCUCUGUGAAGGAGACAUAGAGGAGGCGGACGGUGUUCUCAAGGUGUUUUGCCCCUGGCACGACUACGACUUUGACAUCAGGACUGGGGAAUCUCAAACUGGCUUACAGCAACAAGUGUACGAGGUGAAGGUGGAAGACGGGCUGGUUUAUGUUAAGCACAGAAGCCAGCUGUCCCUGACUCCCUUUCCCGCAGCUGCAAAGGAAUGAACCGUGAAAGAAAUGGGAGUGACGAGAACACAAAACAGCAGCCGAAACCUUUCAAGUCCAGCAAGAUCGCAUUGCAUCACUACAGCAUUGGUGUGUACACUUCUGAAAUGAGAAUUCACUCAGCGGACAUUAUGAGAUCUCUUUUCUAUGCACAUUAAUAUGCAUGCUAAUGUGUUCUCCACUGCAGCUGUCCUUAUCCCAUACCUCUAGUCCAGUGUAAAGAUGAGCCGACUGGUCCCCUUCUAAAAGUUUACUGCGGUAAACUGUACUAAAUUAACCUGCUAGUACACUUUUACAAGGGGUACGGUGUUAAACCCACCCUAUAAGGUCACUGUAGUCGGAGCCAGAUUUAUGUACUGUAAUGCUGAGAGUAUGCAUGGUCUGGUUCCACAGUUCCAUUCUAGAACAUGCAUCAAGUUCUCAAAAAGAAUGAAAGCGAGUUGAUGAACUUAACCCUGCCUGAUCUCUGACACUAAAACCAAGCCCUUUGCACUGACAAUCUGGUGUUGCACAGUAUGUUAAAUAUGUGUUACUUUAACUAUCGGUAUAGUUAUUAUUAUUAUUAUUAUUAUUAUGCAUAUCCCCCUAAACAGGGUUGAAAUGGAUGCUGUGUACCAUAGUUUCCUACUGCAUUUUAUUCUACCUCUUGUCAUGUUAAAGUGAUGUGUUAGCACUGGAGAUGGCAGUGAGUAUUUCCCUUUGUAAUGGUGCCUCUCCUACCUGUCCGGAUCAGUGAUCUUCAUUUAUAAAAUGGCAACGCCACAAAUUUAAAAAUAAAUAAAUUAAAAGGCAAUUAAACUAAGCAAAAAACAAAGAAAGCAUUUCAUUCCUAGCAAAAACAAAAUAUUCUACAAUUUAGCAUUUGCUGUUUUUCAGGUAAGCAUUUAAAUAUGUGUUGUAUAUUAAUAACUAGAGAAAAUGAUCAGUUUUGAAUGUGACAAUGCUAUUUUUUUUUUUUGCUUUAAUACAUAUUAUGUUUAACUGUGAAAUCUCUUGAAAUACCUAUUGUUAGACCAUGAAAUACUGUGAAAUGAGCCAUUCACAGCCCUACCUAUGGUGGCUGCCUUAUACAAGGAUAC